GGCUCCUUCAUUGUACGAAAAUCGGGUUGGUGUCUCUUCCGGUCUUCUUCUUCUUCUCCUCUUUCUGGGAGUACCGAUCCCUCCGUCAGUACUCACUUCACCGUCUGGUCAGGUCCCUGAGUGAGCUUGAUCCCUUCGAUCCAAUCGUCAUGAAGAACGGUCUGGAGGUUUUCGAUUUCGCUGAAGAAGACGAGUUGCCGGAAUUUGUAUCCAAAAGAAUUUUGGGAAAGUAUAAAAACCCUAACCUCGAAAACCAUGAGAUGUACGAUUCUCAUGAAUUCGUGGCCCAAGGAACCAGAGUUUCAAAGAAGGAAACUGUUGAGGCACCCUGUAUAGAUAUUGACGCUGUUGAAAGUGAUCGGAGUUGCGACAAUGCUAUUAUUACAUAUGACCAUCUGAGCAAAGGUGGAGAUGACUUCACCAUUAGAGAACAAAAUUCUAUGUUGGGGGUUGCUUCAGAGUUGAGAAUGAUAAACGAACCUCAUCAUUGUGCCAUAUUAGAUAAUCAUGAACGUGUAAGUUUCUUUCUCGAACAGGAGAGAAGAGUUUCAUUUCCUGAAGAACCUUCACCGGGGAAUAGCCAAUCAAAUUGUUCCUUUUCAGGCACUCCAACAAGUAGUGAUCCACAUGACGUGAAAUCAUAUGCUGAUGAACGCUCAACAGAGAGUUCUCCAUCUAGUCCUGUUGAUAUUGCCGAAGACAAUGUGUUUCCAUAUGGCAAUGCAUCAGAUAAUUGCUUUGGCGAGCUGGAAACGGAUGACAUAGAUAUUGUGGUUGAUUAUGUUGAGUAUCGGGGCAAUUAUUCUACAGGAGGCCUCAUAACUUUUUCUGGCCUUGGGAUCAAAAUUAAUGGUUCAAUUCCACAUGAAAACCAAGGAUUCUUUAGCAUUGAAAGAGGAAUAGACGAUAUUAUUGACAUCAAGUCCCAGCAUAUUCAAAGAUUUGGGCCGCUUAUGGUAAAGCUUCGCAUGAUUUCAAGGGAUAAAGAACAUGUUGAUAAUGCCCAUGGCAGUUCAGGCAUUGAAGAGGUAAAUUUUGCAAUAUUUGAUCCCAGCUGGUCCAAAAAACAAGAAAAGAUUAUGGCAUCAAACAUAAAAUACUCGGCAAUUUGGGAUGUUGAGCAAAACACUGACGUGACAACAGAUGGUGAUGACUUAGUUAGAGAAGGGCAGUAUUUUCCCAACUUUGACGAGGUUUUUGAAGAUGUCGUCUAUCCAGAAGGGGAUGCAGAUGCAGUUUCCCUUAGCAAAAGAGAUGUUGACCUACUGCAACCUGAAACAUUUGUCAAUGACACUAUCAUCGACUUUUACAUCAAGUACUUGAAGAAUCAGAUCCCAGAUGAGGAGAAAGAUAGGUUCCACUUUUUUAAUAGCUUUUUCUUCAGGAAGCUUGCUGAUAUGGACAAAGAUCCAUCUAAUGCUUCUGAUGGCAAGGCAGCUUUCUUACGUGUUCGUAAAUGGACGAGAAAAGUGGAUAUAUUUGGAAAAGAUUAUAUCUUUAUUCCCGUAAAUUUCAAUCUCCACUGGAGUUUAUUGGUUAUAUGUCAUCCUGGUGAUGUGGUUGGCUUUGAAGCUGACGACUUAGCCAAGUCUCCCAGAAUACCCUGUAUACUACAUAUGGAUUCCAUCAAAGGAACACAUGCUGGUCUGAAGAAUCUCAUUCAAAGUUACUUGUGGGAAGAGUGGAAGGAGAGGCAAAAGGAGUCAUCGGAAGCUAUAUCUUCAAAAUUCUUCAAUUUGCGCUUUGUCCCACUUGAGCUGCCCCAGCAGGAAAAUUCAUUUGACUGUGGACUUUUCUUGCUCCACUACUUGGAGCUCUUCUUGGCAGAAGCGCCUUCCAAUUUCAGUCCUUUCAAAAUAACCAAGUUCUGUAAAUUUCUCAAUGAUGAUUGGUUUCCACCUGCUGAGGCUUCACUGAAGCGUACUUUUAUCCAGAGGUUAAUUUUUGGAAUCUUAGAAAACCGUUCUCAGGAAGUCUCUUCUGCUGGGUGCAGUGAUGAGCUCCACCAUCCUGAAAAUUAUGAGAGAGAAACUGGUGUGGAGUUACUUUCAAAGAGGUGCAGUCCUGCAGUUGCUUGUAAUGGUAAUUUAUCAGCUUCUCAAUCUGACAAGGGGAUUGGAAUUACUCUCUCGGCAGCAUCCUCUUUGAGGAAUUCUCACUCCUUUAAUGAUACAAGCUUGGUUUUCCGUGAGCUGCUUGAUCCAGGAACUAGUGCUGGGUCACUACUUGCAGAGUACCACUCCUUUGACCAGCCAUCUUCUUACUACCAUCUUAAUAGCACUCUAUCGACAUUAGAGGAUAAUCCAGAGACCAGAGAGCAGUUUGCUUAUUUGCCUUCUGAAGGAGCUCCUUUUCAGCAAAUCGCCACUGCAGCAACACCUCAAGGCAGUGCUAUUCCAUAUUCACUUCAGGGUUUUGGAGCAGAGGGUUCUUGGAACCCAGGAUUUCCAGCGGAAGGAGCACAAGAUAGUGUUGAUUCAUCCACAGAAACAUCUCACGAAGCAACAGAUGAUUUGGAAGAUGCGGGUGCCGACAAAAAGGAGGUAACUUAUCAACGGUCUCCAUCAACGGAGAACAUUGUGUCGGACUCUAGUGAGAUGCUGGAUUUUUCCGUGGUUGAAGAUUCUCAAAACCCUGAUAAGUUGGAUGAUAGCAUUGUGAUUGAAGAUUCUCAAGACCCUGAUAGGAUGCUUGACAGCAUCUUGGUUGAAGAUUCUCAAGACCCUGAUAGGAUGCUUGACAGCAUUGUGGUUGAAGAUUCUCAAGACCCUGAUAAGGUUCAUGAUAGUAUUGUCAUUGAAGAUUCUCAAGACCCCGAUAAGAUGCACGAUAGCAAUGAAAAUGGUGACAUCCCCUCCUGUGAAGAAAACGUGACUGAAUUUUUUCUUCAAGACUCUAACAUGGCAGGAAAGAGACUGUAUCAAGAGACUGAAAUGGUUGGCAGCAUGGCAGUCACAUGUGAUGAUGAUAUGCAAAUUACUGAAAAUGACGCAGUAGAAGAAUCAGACCGACAUGUGGCAAAGAAACUACGGCUUGCAUUUCCUGCUGAGCGGGAGGAUUUAAUUCGCCAUUAGUCUGCCAAAGGAGGAUUGCUGCUUGUAAAUUUUUCUUGGAGGUCCGCUUCAGGUCUCAUUUACCCAUUAAUUAUCAGCUUGCCGUCCAUCCUAUAUAUGUAAAUCCGUGCUCUCUAUAGGUACUGAUGUGCCAUUCAUGGCUCCAAAUAUACCUGUUUUGUUUACAAUCAUCAUGAAAUAGUUUUCCUAAAUUUUUUUAGCUACUAAAUUUCAAUUCCCAGCCAAAAGAAGAAUGUAGAGAACUAAAGAUUGGACAUUGACGUUGUUUAUGUUAUUACAGUGUUUCAAACCUGCUAUUUUACCAAUGAGAGUCUUGGUGACUCGCACAGUUAGUUUGCAAGUAAUAACAAUAGUUGGUUUCUAUCCUAAA